GAUCAUAGAUGACUCACUUUGACUUUUGAGUCAUAUUUGCUUGGACAUUUGUAUCAUUUCUUGUUGUCAGUUUGCACCUUUGUAAACUUGGUAGCACAGUUCAAGUUUUGGCAAACCAUGACUAGGCUACUGGAAUAAGAAAUGAAUUUAAUUAAUUUAUCUUAGGUAGAUUUAAUUAAUUUAUCAUAGAUACCUGUAGAGAAAUACCCAAGAUGGCAGGCUGUUUUGACUCGAUGCGAUUGGACUGCGAGUGUCUGGAGCUGGGCGAGCGAAGGAACGCCGUGGCUGCGGCCGUCAGUGGCGUCCUGUUCUUCACCGGCUGGUGGAUCAUGAUCGACUGUGCUGCCAUCUAUCCGAGCAUGGAGGAGAUGCACCACGCCUAUCACGUCUGUGGAGUGAUCGGGACUAUAUCGUUCUUCAUGAUAAACGCCGUUUCCAACGGGCACAUCCGCGGCGACAUGUACUCGACGGGCUGCCUGGGCCAGCGCGGCGCGCGGGUCUGGCUCUUCAUCGGGUUCCUGCUGGGAUUUGCUGCCAUCAUCGCCGCCAUGUGGAUCCUGUUCGCUGCCUACGUUGUCCCCGGAGGCAGCCGGUCCCAGUGGCCGGGCAUUGCCGUCGUGCUGCAGAACCUGUUCAUCUUCGCCGGCUCGCUGGUCUACAAGUUCGGCCGCUCGGAGGACCUCUGGGGCUGAGCGACGCUGGACGGCAGUGCUGCGGUCCGUGCCGGUCACCCGACGGUCUAGACAGGCUCACGGGGAUCGCCGGGGUGUCCUCGAUCGCCGGGCUUUCCGCGUCGCGUGGUGGACUCUUCGAGGACACUGGCGGCUAACCUAAGAUCUCGCGUCUGUCGGGGUCCUCUUUCUCGAGCGCUUUGUUUCACGCCGGUUUUGUGUCAGAACUGUGUUCUCAAUCCGGGGGUCGUCUCCCGAGCGCUGUUUAGCGGAGCUACCCGGCUCAUCUGCGGGUGCUCACUUGGAGAUGAUGGCAACUCCGACUCGUUCGACCGGCCUGGUCACAUCUCUGGUGCUCACCGGUCGUCUACCGCUGGACAUGACUGCCCCAGUGCUCCAGCUACGGCGUGUGUUGUGCGCUAUCUUUACCGAGAGUCGAUCUGGCUGAUCCCUCCGCAGUGGGAGCGCCCCGACGACGCACGGACUCGCCGGGUGGACAUCGGUUUCGUACCGUGAGAGAUCGGGACUAUUGAGAGUGAAGUGCGGAGUGUUCACCGUGGGAGCCGGGAGGUGUCUGAUGGUGCCUCACGUUGGAUAUGUCUUUGGUUGUAUACUACCAAAGGGUAUGUCUGCUCUGUUGGGGGUCUCUUAACUAGGCUAGUCCCCUUGAGGCUGAUAAUGAUACUAGGCAUUGUAUUAAUCGUGAAUGGGAUAUAAUGUAACGGAGAUUGGCAUUGUUCGAAUUGUGAGGGAGCUUGGAUUAUUCGAGCAAUAUUCGACGGUGUGAAGGGUCUAUUGCUUUCGUGUAAGAGCGUCAGAGUGAAUAUGAAGCAGCAUUCCCUUUUCGGCGUUCUUCUUCAGACCUUCCGUAACUUCGUAACCAUUUGUCAUAUAUGCCCCUCACUGUCUUUGAUUUGCGCAUCGGUGCAGAUUUAAUUUUAUGUAUAAGAAGCUGUAGCAUCAUAAGCACUAAGUAUGAGCACGAACCUGUUAAUCGACAACAUAUUUAAAGUUUUCGUUUACUGAACAGCUUCGGCGAAAUAUCGUGUGAAAUAAAGCAACAUGGAGACA